CUGCUUCUGCGUGAGGAGACUUUUAUAGGGGAACCUCUGCUGCCUAAGCCUUUUGCGUCUAAAAAUAAAAAGGGCGGCGAAGAAGAGAACUGAAGGUGGGUCGGCGGCUGCUUCGUUCUUUGUCUGAGGAAGAGAGCAGAAUCCGUGAGAGACGGCAGGCUGGUUUCCGAGUUCCGGGUAUUUUCCCCGUCGAUCUUCUUAAGAGGAAUGCUUUGGAAUAAUCCAGUUUCAGCUCCCAAGUGGCUUAUAUGUGAUGAAAUAGAUUUGAUAUUGUGAUAAUUUGAUUGUUCUUGACUCUGCAUUUCAUUUCACAGUUACUCUGCUUCAAAAUUAACUUGGGAAAAUGGGUGGUGGUAAAAAGAAGGAAGUGAAGAAGGAGACUGGUUUAGGGCUGUCCUUUAAGAAGGAUGCAAAUUUCGGAGAGUGGUACUCGGAGGUGGUUGUCCGUGGCGAGAUGAUCGAGUACUACGAUAUUUCUGGCUGCUAUAUUCUGAGGCCAUGGUCGAUGGGUAUAUGGGAAGUAAUGCAAGUAUUCUUUGAUGCAGAGAUCAAGAAGAUGAAAAUUAAAAACUGCUAUUUCCCUCUUUUUGUAUCGUCCAGUGUUUUAGAAAAAGAGAAAGAUCACAUUGAGGGCUUUGCUCCUGAGGUCGCAUGGGUCACAAAAUCUGGGAAAUCUGACCUCGAAAUUCCAAUCGCCAUUCGCCCCACUAGUGAAACUGUGAUGUAUCCCUACUUCUCCAAGUGGAUAAGAGGGCACCGUGAUCUGCCUCUGAAACUCAACCAGUGGUGCAAUGUUGUUCGCUGGGAGUUCAGCAAUCCUACUCCAUUUAUCAGGAGCCGUGAAUUCCUUUGGCAAGAAGGGCAUACUGCUUUUGCUACGAAGGAGGAAGCAGAUGAAGAGGUCCUUCAAGUAUUGGAGCUAUACAGACGCAUUUAUGAAGAAUUUCUGGCAAUCCCUGUCAUAAAGGGCAAAAAAAGUGAGAUGGAGAAGUUUGCUGGUGGGCUUUACACAACUAGUGUUGAGGCAUUUAUUCCUAACACUGGACGUGGUGUACAAGGUGCAACUUCACAUUGCUUAGGACAGAACUUUGCAAAAAUGUUUGAGAUAAACUUUGAAAAUGAGAAGGGUGAGAAGGGUAUGGUCUGGCAGAACUCUUGGGCUUACAGUACUCGGACGAUUGGAGUGAUGGUAAUGGUUCAUGGAGAUGACAAAGGAUUGGUUCUGCCACCUAAAGUUGCGUCAGUUCAAGUUGUUGUGGUUCCUGUACCUUUCAAGACUGCUGAUACUCAAGGAAUUCUUGAUGCUUGUGCUGCAACUGUUGAGACCUUGUUAGAGGCUGGUGUCCAUGCUGAGGGUGACCUCAGAGAUAAUUAUUCACCUGGCUGGAAGUACUCUCACUGGGAAAUGAAGGGCGUUCCACUUAGGAUUGAGAUAGGGCCAAAGGACCUAGAAAAGAAUCAGGUCCGCUGUGUUCGUCGUGACAAUGGUUCAAAACAAGAUAUAACGAGGGACAACCUGGUUGAGCAAGUUAAGGUCUUGCUGGAUAACAUUCAGCAGAGCCUGUUCGAUGCUGCUAAAGUUAAGAGAGAUGCCUCUGUUCAAGUUGUGAAGACCUGGGAUGAAUUCAAAGAUGCCCUUGCCCAGAAGAAAAUGAUAUUAGCUCCAUGGUGUGAUGAAGAGGAAGUGGAAAAAGAUGUUAAAGAGCGGACAAGGGGCGAAAUGGGCGCGGCUAAGAGUCUUUGUUCUCCACUCGAGCAGCCAGAACUCCCUGAAGGUACUAAAUGCUUUGCCUCAGGUAAGCCGGCGAAGAAGUGGACUUAUUGGGGCAGGAGUUACUAGGCCUAUAUGUUUACUGUGAAGCGGUCUUCUUGCUUGCUUCAGUGUCUUUUUUAUUUAGCAGUUGGAGCUGUCUAAAACUGGCAUUUUUGUUGUUCUAAAGUAAGCAGCAUUUUGCUUCAGAAUUUGAUGUUGGAAAAAAGCACGUCAGAGAUUGCUACUUUCUGGUUUACUGCGAAAUGCAUGUUGUCCUCGCUACAUUCUUCCUCUUGUAAUUUGUUAGAGUUGUGUUCGAAGAUCCAUUUGGGUUGGCUAAACAACCUAACAUCAGAAUGUGGAAAAUGCUUGCUUUUAGGUUAUAGUCAGUAAGAUAUGGUAUAUUUUACUUCAUGUCAAAACUCAUGGUGAUAGACUCCGUAUUAAACCGACAUCGUUUCAUGCGUCACUUUAACCAAAAAUAAUUAAACCGACAUCGUUGAUAGCUGCUGCGGUGAACACGCUGUGCUAGUAGCUUCAGAUUGCAAUCCCAUAUGGCUAAGCAAGGGGAAUGCUAUGAAUCAAUGCAUGGAGCUGCACCAAUGGAAUCAAGCAACGAAACAGAGCAACUGAUUCUGCACUCUGCCAUUAAUGGAUCAAUGAAUCCGUGGUCUCCAACAAAAUCCAAGUUCUUUG